GAAACUUAUUUUACAAUUAGCUUUGGAGGACAAUGUAAAUAAUUCUCAGCAAUUACUAUUAUUACCAGAACAAACUACUAAAGAAAACAAUGAAACAAACGUCUUAAGCUUGUCUUCGAUGGACACAAAUCCUGCACCCUCAUUGACAUCAUUACAGGCAGUUGAUCCGUUUGUUCUUCUCAACAAUGAAAAUGAAUAUAUAAUGGAAGUCGAAUCAGAAAGUAAUAAAGAAUUCGCUACUGAUGAAAAUAUUGUUUGGAAUGAUGGUAUUACCAACCAGGAUUUUCAGUCAUAUGAUAUCUCCUUUUCAUCGCAAGGCCUAGUUGCUGAAGAAGAGGAUAGUCUUCAAGAAUUGGCUGUCUCUGGUAAUGCAGAUAUCCCAUCACCAGGAACUUCUGUUUUGUCAUCUAACGUAGAUGACACUGAUAUUGAUAGCACAUACUGUCCUCGUUUCAACUCAGAGUCAGAACUAUCUACUGAUGAGUCUAUAGUGAGUAUUCCUAGAGUUGCUUCAAAGGUUUCAAGUGACAGUACUUCUUAUGUGAGGAGGAGCCAAAAGAUAGCUCAAGACAAAAUUCUACUGGUUCCUUACACUGAUUCGGACACGGAGGAAGAAGCAAACAAAACCAAUCCUAAUGUAAAAAAAGGAAAGAAGAGGGUGAGGAAUGAAAACAAAUGGAAAAAAUGUGUGAGGAAACAGCUAAGAGUUAGUGGAAAAAACUAUCUUAGUGCUAAGGGAGCAGAGAUUAAAGCAAGAUCUCUGAAAUCUCCUUGCAAAUCUACUUGCCGUCUCAAGUGCUAUCAGCGCUUUACCAAAGAUCAGAGAGAAGGUAUAUUUUCAGAUUUUUGGAGAGAAGACAGAGACUGGGAUUCUAAACGUCAGUUUGUUGUUUCCUGUAUAAGCAGCAAGCCUGUCGCUAGGUCCAGGAAGAAAGAUGGCUCAAAGGGAAACCGGGCUCAAAGUAAUAAAUUUAGUUUUCAAAUAAAUAGUUGUGAAGAAAUAGUCUGCAAAACAUUUUUCCUAAACACUCUGGCUAUCUCUGAGAUGUUUAUGCGAAUAUCACAACAGAAAACAAGCAAGACAGGAAUGGUUGAGCCUGACCAAAGAGGUAAACAUGUACCUGGAACAAAAAUUAAGAAUGAAAUAAUAGAUGGAAUUAAAUCUCAUAUUUCAAAAUAUCCAGCGUAUCAAAGCCAUUACAGCAGAGAACGUACAAGCAGGAAAUAUUUGGGCAAUCACCUCAACAUUAACAAAAUGUAUGGACUGUAUGUUGAAGAGUGUAGAGAAAAACAAGUUAAUCCUGCAAAGAAGUGGUUGUUUAGCAAAGUGUUUAAUGAGGACUUUAACAUGGCAUUCAAGUUACCAGACAAUGACACAUGCGAUGUGUGUGAUGAAUUUGAAUGUAGAUUGAAGAAUAAACAAAAUUCAGAAGAAUUGGAAGAGAUUAGCAGGAGACACCAAGAGCAUUUAGAUGAGGCUGCGUCCAGAUAUCGUUUGAAAAGGGAAGACAAACUUCAUGGAAAAGAAGAUCACAAAAGCAAAGUAGUAAUGGCUGACCUUCAAAAAUGUCUCCCUACACCUAAUCUUACAAAUUCACAAAGCUUUUACCUAAGGAAACUUUGGACACUAAAUUACACGAUUCAUGAUCCUGCAAACAAUAAGACCUGGUGCAUGCUAUGGGAUGAAGUAACAGGGGGUAGAGGUGGAAGUGAAAUGGCCUCUUGUUUUUAUGCUUGGGCAAGUAGAGAUAUUAUUGAAAGCGGAAUUGAGAAAUUAACCGUCUGGACAGACAACUGUAGCGGACAAAACCGUAACAUGAACAUGAUUUUAAUGUAUAUAUGGUUAUUGAAAACUAGUCCAAACUUGAGAGAGAUAAAUCACAAAUUUUUGCUUCCAGGUCACACACAUAUGGAAGUAGAUGGCCAACACAGUAUAAUUGAAAGAGCCAAGAAACAUAUUUCUGGCAACACAAUAUAUACAUGUAAUGAUUGGGCAAAUUUUAUUGCUUCCUGUAAGAAGAAAGACCCCUUUGAAGUUAAGAGAAUGAAUUUAGAAGAUUUUCUAGAUUUCAUGGCCAUUGUGAAAGGCAGAAAAUCUGCUUUCGUAGCAAGAAAGAAAAACACUGAUGGUGAACCCUUUUUGAUAUCUGCAACUGUGUGGUUGCAACUUAGAUCUGACAAAGUGGGUGUUCUUUUUUACAAAACUAAUUUUAAAAAUGACACGUUCAAAGAAGUUGACCUAACCAGACGAUCUCUGAGAAAUCAAGAAGUUACAAUGCCUACAACCAUCCCUCAGCUAAGACAGAGCAAAAAGCCAAUCAGCUCACAGAAAUACAGAGAUCUCAUGACAAUUUUACAAUGGGUACCUAAUGAGUAUAAAGCUUACUUUCAACUCCUGCCCCAUGGAGAGGAUGCGGGAGACUUUCCAGAUGAACAUUCAACCUGGCAAGUUUUGGAGGGAAAAGAUGUUGAGUGGAAGAGUGUAAGCUUUACACCAGAUUCUUCAUUUCAUCAGCAAUUUAAUGUGGCAGUAACACGUGCUAGAGCCCUGCUAAUCGUAGUAGUGGGGAACCCCUGCACACUGAGUAGAGACCGAUGCUGGAAUCAGCUGUUGACUUAUUGUCAACAGAACAGUUCAACUAUCGGUGUCCAAAACUUAUCUUAG